AAACAAACACUCUCAUCAAUCUCUCUACUGUUUGCUUUCGGUUCAUAUCCAGCGAAAACGUACCAGCUAUGGCCUCGAGGGAAGAAUAUAAAAAGACAAUAGUAGAUUAUCUGAAGGAUGAAAAAGUGAAAAGAAUUGUUCUGACUGGGGCUGCUGGAGUAGGGAAAACAUGGAUUGCAAAUGAGAUACGCCAUUUAUGUAGUGAUGGGAGCCAGGCGGGGUUAUCUUACACGCCCAUUUGGGUGCCUUUGAACCAGCGAGGAGAUUAUAGCAAGCCUAAUCUUCUUCGCAGGUAUCUUUAUGAGAUUAUUGCCCGUGAGUUGUCCCGAAAUUCCACUGCUGAGGAGUUGGAUGAUACUGCUAGUAAGGAGGAGGAUGAGCCAAAGGAGGAAAGCCUGGACCUGAUGAAAGACAGGAUAUCCGCGCUCGCGGCCGCUAAGCUUCAACCAAUGAAAUCUGAUGAAAACAAGUUUCUUCUAAUUCUGGAUGGUGUUCCUGACACAUUGGAUGAAGCUCCAAUCAUGACAGAAUUAGAGGCCCUUCGUAAGCCCAGCUUCAUGGCCAUGGGAACAGCUUUGUUCAACAAGGUUUUAAUCACCCGUAGAUCAAAAGAGGUGGUGACCAAGGAAGUGGGCGAGACCAAGGAGAUGAUCGUGAAAAAAGCCAACGACACCAAACCCUUGCCUGAUCAGGAGGAAAAGGCUAAGAAUAUUACUGCUGCCGAUCAAACACCUGCCACAGAAAAAGCCAACGACACCAAACCCUUGUCUGAUGAAGAGCGUAAAGUGAUCGAGAUCCAACCCUUGUCUGACGAAGAGGGUUGGGCGCUAUUCCAAGACAAAGUCACUGAAAAGGUGGUUAAUAAGCAGAUCACUGAUUUUGAAAAACAUGCCAAAGAUUUUAUCAAAAAGAGCAACCGUUUACCAGCUGCGAUCAUUGUGAUAGCAGAAGCAUUGAAAUGCAUUGCGGAGCGGGAGCAGGAGCGCGAUUCCGCGAUUAAUCUGACGUUGGAAGAUGCCCUGAAAAAAGCAGCCACCCGCCUGGAGAAGCCCGACGGCUCUUGGCAUAGCCCGCGCUUCUUUCAGAAACCUGGCAGAGUUCAUUACAACGAGCUCAUAGCUUGCUGGAUAUUGGAAGGAAAUAUUGUAGGUGCCGUUGACGGUGUGGUCCGUGUGGAGGAGGCAUAUAACGUCGGACAUAGUGUUCUGAUGAAGCUCGUAGAUCUCCAGAUGCUGAAAAUGCAUGAUGAUAACACAAUUUCCAUGGAAGAGUUGGCAUUUACAGUUCCUGAUUGUCUCGGGACUGAUCUGCGAUGGGAUAAUAAUGUGUUCAAGAAAGACGAUUGGUACAAAGGGGCGACGUCGAGUCUGCGAUGGGCUGAUGUGUUUGAGCAAUUAGGCGAUUGGCGAGGUGGGCGGGAUGGAUCGAGUCUGGGAUUGGCUAGCGUGCUUGAGGAUGGCGAUUGGCAGGGGUUCAGGAGAAUCACACAGAUGGGUGGCAUGAUAAAAACAACGACCAGUAGCCCUGAGAGAUGGGACAAAGUAUACACGCUACUCAUUGAUGGAAGGCGUCUCUACAGAGAAGUUGCGGAUAAAUUCUUUGAGCCAAUGAAGCGACUCCAGGUUCUUGCCAUUUUUAAUCCUACAUUCAAAUCACUUCCCAAAAGCAUAUCUGAAAUGGGCGAGCUUCGUCUGCUCGUGCUCAGAGGAUGUGAUCCGUUGGAGAACAUUGAUCCCAUCAAAGACCUCGAGUCAUUAACGGUUCUGGAGAUAUCUGGUGCUGCCUCCUUGAAGGAUAUUCCGGGUGAUCUUUUCCAGAAAUUGAGUCAACUUCGAAGCCUCAAAAUCUGUGCACCCCAGAUAAAAGAGCUGCCUCCUAUCUCCCACAUGACUGAACUCCGUUGGCUCAUCCUAAGCGACUGCUCAAGCUUGCAAAGUCUGCCAAAAAUAAGGAAACUUACAAAGCUCCAGAUUGUUGAUCUCUCUGGCGCUUCCGAAUUGGCAAAAUUGGAAGGCAGAGCCUGGAAAUCACUUGAGAAUCUCCGAAGGCUUGACGUCUCCCGAACCAAGAUUUCCCGCUUGCCAAUCCUCGGCACACUUACAAAUCUUACUACACUCGCAUUAAGCCGCUGUGAUCACUUAGCGAGACUGCCCAAACUAGUUGGCUUGUCCAACCUCCAAAUUCUGGAUCUUUCGGGUGCUUUGAUGCUAAAGGAAAUCCCAGACGAAUCCUUGCAACAUAAGGCAAGCCUCAAGAUCCUAGAUCUCUCUCAAACUGCCAUCCCUCUUUUUCCUUCCAAUUUAGCCAGCCUCUCUCAUCUUGAGUUGCUUGAUCUUUCUGGUGCCACUAAGUUGGUGAAACUGGAAGACAAAACCUUCGAAAAGCUGAGUUGCCUCCGUCAUCUUGAUCUCUCCAAAACCAAUAUUGAAAAUCUGCCUUCACUUUCCAAGCUUGAUAACCUCGAAGUUCUUAAUCUUUCUGGUUGUAGUGCUUUGACAAAAAUAGGAGAUCAAUCUUUUGAUCACAUGACCCGCCUUCAGCGCCUCCAACUCUCUGAAACUAAGAUUGAAUUCCUGCCGUCCCUUUCCAAACAUGUCAACCUCCGUCAGCUCUUGCUAAGAAGCUGUACCAGCCUAAAACAACUUCCAUCUCUGGAAUCUCAGUUGAAACUUGAGGAGCUCGAUUUAUCUGGUGCACAGCUUCUGAAAGAAACUAAUGUUGACUUCUUGAAGAAUAUGAACAACCUUCAGCUUCUCAACCUAUCAGGGACAGGUCUCACGUUACCUUCCCUCUCCAGUCUCACCAACCUCACCCAGCUUUCCCUCGGAGGUUGUGUACUCUCAGAAUCGGAGCCAAAUUUUGGAGGACAUACAAAGCUGGAGGUUCUGGAUCUUUCGGAGAUCACAAAGAUUACUUCUCUAGCCUCCCUUGCAAAUCUUACCAGUCUCCGGGAGCUUAAGUUAAGAGGCUGUUCGGGCUUAAAGGAGCUGCCAGAUCUGAAAUCGGGGGAGCUGCCAGAUCUGAAAUCGACGAUCCAUUUGGAGGUUCUUGAUCUGUGGGGGACCGGAAUCAAAGCUUUUCCCUAUGUGAUCUCAGAAUUGACGAGUUUAAAGCACGUUGAUCUGCCAGACAUGAAGGAUGUUCAAAAUCUUGAUUGGGGGAAGAUAAAUCGCCUGCCGGAGGAGGUAAACUGGGUUGAGUGCGGCAUCCUCAAGCACUGUAAAAACGGGCCUUGCAUAUCUAUGAGUGCUACCCAACUUUCUGAAAUUCUCAAGGAACAAGCGAAUCUCGACAAAUUUCACAUCUCUGUGUCCGCCCCUCUUAAGGAGGAAGGUGGUGCUAGAGAUAUCGAUUGGCACAGAAUUGACCCUUCCUUGAGAAAUAUCUACCUGCAGAAGUUUUCUGUUCCUGAGGAUCAUGGAGGGUUUCUGGAAAUUGUUGGAUUCGAUAGAUUUCCUGAUGGUAUCGAGGGUGGCAUCGUAAAAGCAGAGUACAUUGCUUUGAUUCGCAACAAGUUCAUGAAAUCCUUGUCAGACUUGGCUGCGAAGGCAAUUAAGGAGGGCGUGAGCGUGAGCGUGACGGCAAUGAAAGGCUGCACGCUGGAGAAGUGCACCGAAAUGGAGACCAUUUUUGGCGGAGAAGAGAGAGAAGUGAAAAUGAGGGGAAAUCUAGAGACUCUGAGGGCGUCAAACCUUCCAAAGUUGAAGAAUGUCGUCUCCAAUGGGAAGGAGAAAGUUGGAGGGUUUGAAAAGCUUAGAGAGUUAUAUAUGGAUUGUUGCCCAUUGCUGGAAGUUGUGUUUCCAUCAUCCCAGCUGCCAGAAAAUCUUGAAAUCCUCGAAAUCAAAUUCUGUGAUAAAUUGAAGACUCUGUUUGGUUCUGAAGCAGCGACAGAAUAUAAACUGCAGAAAUUGAAGAAACUGCAUCUCGUGGAACUGCCAGAGUUAACCAGCAUUGGAGUGCCUAGGUCGACUAUAUUUCUAUCUUUGGAGUUAGUCAAAUUCAGGAAAUGCCCCAAGUUGAUGAACAACUUAAACGAACUUCUUGAAUGCGGAGCAGGAUUCAAAAUUGAACAGUAUUGAUCGAUCCAGGUUGACUGCUGCCAUCUCUACAGAUUUCAGUGACUUGAGCUUAUAUAUAUAUAUAUAUAUAUAUAUAUGCAUGCCAUCUCGGAUUACCGGGAGUAUGUGUGUUUGUGUGUUAGUUUGGAAGUCCUUUUUUUGUUUUUUCGUUUGUUUGUUUGUUUGUUUUUGGUGUGAAAUAAGUACUUGUGAGGAGAGAAGAAUGGUUGUGUGUGUGUGUGUGUUUGAGUCCUAUAUUUUGUAAGCUCUAUACGUGUCGGUUUGUAAACUCUAUUAAUUAAGCCAAGUCUUGGAA